UCACGGCCAUGCUCUCUUUGUCUUACCUGUCUAUUUCAGUUCUGCUACCCAUUUCGACUUUGAUUCGCUGUCGGCGUCAGUAGCGACGCACAGGGCGUCGAGGACCGUCUGAAUGCGCAAGUUCAACGUCGUCGUCCUUGGGGCUGGAGGUGUGGGGAAGUCUGCGCUUACAGUGCGAUACAUACGAGAUGUGUUCAUUGAUUACUAUGAUCCCACAAUUGAAGAGGAGUAUCGACGGACCGUGCACCUUGAUGGAGAACUCUCUACGCUAGAAAUAUUGGACACUGCAGGCGCUGAACAGUUCACGAGUCUCAAUGAAGUGUAUAUUAAGGCAGGACUGGGUUUUGUCCUUGUCUUCAGCUUGACUCAAGAGGCCAGCUUAAAGGAGGUCGAUCACUUGCGGCAGCAGAUAUACAGAAUCAAAGGCGGAGAUACUAACAUCCCUAUCGUCGUUGUCGGUACCAAAUUGGAUCUCGUUAACGAGCGCGAAGUACAGAAAGGUUAUAUACAGGACCUUGCCAAUCGUUGGGAACAUCCAUUCUAUGAAACGUCCGCCAAACGGAACUGGCAUGUGUCUGAUGUGUUCGAGGAUCUAUUGAGACAGAUGCGAAAUAGGUACCCGCACAGCAUCCCAUCGAAGAAGAGACCAAAGAGAGGGAAGGAUAGCUGCAUCGUCAUGUAAUGUUUUCUCCGUGCACAUUUACUUGCUUGUAGCUUUUAUUCGUUUUCACUUGUUACAUUUGCACAUACCCUUCACGCUAUGCGAACGAAUAUACCGUUAUAUAUUUUCAAGGGACUAGCAUAUACACAUAGUUAUUCUUUUCUACCGUAAUCCUGCUCUAUAGACGUUGUGGACGAUAACUGAUA